UCAGUCAUGUGAUCAGCUGUGUCCAAUCACAGCUGAUCACAUGGCACAUGUACACUGAUCAUCAGGGCACUUAUGAUCAGUGUGGCCCCAGAAGUGCCACGUGCCAGUGCCCAUCAGUGCCAUGUGCCAGUGCCCAUCAGUGCCACAUCAAUGCCACAUAUCAGUGCAUACCAGUGCACAUCAAUGCCACAUAUCAGUGCCCAUCUGAGCUGCCUUUCAAUGUCACCCAUCAGUGCCACCUAUCAGUGCUGCCAAUCAGUGUCGCCUAUUAGUGCCAGUCAGUGCCUCCUAUCAGUGCCAGUCAGUGCUGCCUAUCAGUGCCAUAUAUCAGUGCCAUAUAUCAGUGUCAUGUAUCAGUGCUGCCUUUCAGUGCCCACCAGUGAUGCCUGU